AUGUCCAGCCUAGGCCCCCAGAUCGGCCCCGUCAAGCGGGCAUGGUACCGCUGGAAGAUGCUGCGGCUGCCGUGGCGGAAGCGCUUUCUCGUCGGCCUCGACCUCCGCGGCAACACGUACUGGACCUUCCUGGACCAGCGGCCCGACCCCUCGACGCCCGACGCCGCCCUGCGCUGGCGCCGCAUCGUGCAGUACCCGCGCAGCACGCAUCUGAGCGAGGUCAAGGUGCCGCCGCAGUGGCACCAGUGGCUGCGGCACCAGCGCGAGGACGCGCCGUCGCUGGGCGAGCAGGCCGCCGACCUGGCCCGCCGCGAGCGCACCCGCCUGCUGGCCGCCGAGGCCGACGCCCGCUGGGAGGCCAAGCCGCGCGUCAUGGACAUCCCCGCCGCCGAGCGCGAGCAGCUCCAGCGGCAACAGCAGCAGCCCGCCCCGGCGCUGGAUACCGGCGACAUGCGCGGGAAGGUCAUGGCGGAGGAAGGUCAGAGAGACACGCCGAGGGCGGCGACGGGGACACCGGCAGACACAGCGCCGGGGGCGAAGGAGGGCAAGACCACCGAGGUGAAGGAUGAUCCGUGGAAGAGAGCCAGUGGGCCGAGCGAGACCUGGCAGCCCGAGGCCUGGACGCCGAGCAGUGCGCGGAGGCGGUGA